AAGAAGACCAAGGACGUCGAAGCCGACGCGCCUACCAAGAAGACUUCAGCACGCGCAGCUGCCAACACAAAGGCAAAGAAGUCUGAAGAAGCUCCCGCUGCACCAAAAGCAACCGUGGCGUCCAGAAAGCGCAAGGCCACUGCUACUCCUGAGCCGGCCGUCGCGAAAAAGGCAAAGGUCGCACCUAAGGGACCCGUCAUCAACGAGGCUCCCACUCAGCGCCUGGAUGUCUUUGUUUGCGGAGAAGGUUCAUCUGGUGAAUUGGGUCUUGGUACGUCCAAGAAGGCCAUCGAUGUCAAGCGCCCGCGUCUGAAUGCCAACUUGGCUGCUGAUACCGUCGGCGUUGUACAAAUCGUCGCUGGAGGUAUGCACGCCAUGGCAUUGACUCACGACAACAAGAUCCUCACCUGGGGUGUCAAUGACCAGGGUGCUCUUGGAAGAGAUACAACCUGGGAGGGUGGUCUCCGUGACGUCGAGGACGAGGAAGAUUCCGACUCUGACAACGAAGACGGUGACUCGGGCAUGAACCCCAAGGAGAGCACACCCACCGCCAUCUCAUCUGACGUCUUCCCCGAGGAUACUGUCUUUGUCCAAGUCGCUGCUGGUGACUCGACAUCCUUCGCUCUUACCGACGACGGCCAGGUCUGGGGCUGGGGCACCUUCAGAAGCAACGAGGGUAUCUUCGGCUUCACCGCAGACGUUCUCGUCCAGCGCACUCCUAUGCUCAUUCCCGGCCUCAAGAAGAUCAAGCACAUCAGCUGUGGUGCCAACCACGUCCUCGCACUAGAUGCAGCUGGUGCCGUUUUUGCCUGGGGCUCAGGUCAACAAAACCAGCUCGGUCGCCGCGUUGUUGAGCGCACAAAGACACAAGGUCUUGUGCCCAGAGAGUUCGGUCUUCCCAAGAAGGCUAUCAAAUACAUUCAGUGUGGUGAUUAUCACAGCUUUGCCAUCGACAACAAGGAUCGCGUAUGGGCGUGGGGUCUCAACAACUUCGGUGAGACCGGUGUGCCCGAAAACGCUGGUGAGGAUGAUGCCGUUAUCCUCAAGCCCGAGAUCGUCGAGACUCUUUCUGGCAGGCAAGUCAGCUGUAUCAAGGGCGGUGGUCACCACAGUAUUGCCGUGACCGGCGCUGGUGAGUGUCUGGUCUGGGGUCGUCUUGACGGUGGCCAAUGUGGUAUCCCUACUGCAGACCUGCCCGCAGACGAUCUGAUCAAGGACGAGCGUGGCAACCCUCGUAUCCUUAAGAACCCCACUGUUGUCAAGGGCAUCCAAGGCAAGGUCGUUUUCGCCACUGCCGCAUCAGACCAAUCUUUCGCUAUCACCGAGGAGGGCCAUGCCUACUCGUGGGGCUUCUCUUCAAACUACCAAACCGGUCAGGGUACCGAUGAGGAUGUCAUGGUUGCUACCAAGAUCGACAAUACCGCAACCCGUGGCAAGAUGCUCAACUUUGCAGCAGGUGGUGGUCAAUUCAGCAUCCUGACUGCUCCUGCACAACCCGCGACCAACGGCAGUGCUUAG